GCAACUACAGAGACGUGCCUGAUCACCUUCCAACCUCUGCGAUUGUGCCUCGCCGCUGUCUCCACUUAAAUCCCACCUCUGUCGGUGGGUCCUUCUAUGUCAACAUAUCUUGGAGCAAGAUCUGGGGAAAGCAUUUUAUUCGCCCAGAUAAUACCCUUCCAGCGCAGACUCUCUCGGCUUUUGCCUUUGGCGGUCUAGGCAACAUUCAGAACACAUGCGGCUAAUUAUUACAGCGAGCAACAGUGGCGGUAGGCAGCGCCUGUAAAUGGAAUUAUUGUAGUGGACCGCUGGGUAUGUCGUUCGUCGUGCGCGUCGGAGAGAGAAUUCACAGAUUCCGUCUCGGAUCUGCGGCGGCGGGGCCGGAAGAUUUCAUUUAAGAAGCCUCUUCAAACAGUGUUUUAUUGACGGAAGAUCCACAGAGGAGCCGGUGCGUGCUACAGCGCUGUCAUUUCGGAGAGGAUGCAUCUUUUUAGUGCCAUCUUUCUGCUGCUGAUGUUAGCUGUCGUUCCUUGUGAGGCGUUGUACCCGAGCUCAGAGGAGGGUUGGCAGAUCUACAGCUCGGCCCAGGAUGUGGACGGGAAGUGUGUGUGUACGGUGGUGGCCCCGGCGCAGAACAUGUGCAACCGCGAUGCCCGCAGCAGGCAGCUCCGCCAGCUCAUGGAGAAGGUGCAGAACAUCACUCAGUCCAUGGAGGUGCUGGACCUGCGGACCUACAGGGACCUGCAGUACGUCCGAAACACAGAGUCCCUCAUGAAGGUGGUGGACAGCAAGCUGAAGAUCGCUUCUGAGAACCCCAGGACCCUCAACCCCAAGAGCUUUCAGGAGCUGAAGGACAAGGUGACCCAGCUGCUCCCCCUGCUGCCGGUGCUGGAGCAGUACAAGUCGGACGCGCGCAUGAUGGGCCGGCUGAAGGAGGAGGUGCGCAACCUGUCGCUGGUGCUGAUGGCCAUCCAGGAGGAGAUGGGGGCCUACGACUACGAGGAGCUGCGGCAGAGGGUGCUGCUGCUGGAGACGCGGCUGCACUCCUGCAUGCAGAAACUGGGCUGUGGGAAGCUGACCGGAGUGAGUAACCCCAUCACCAUCCGCGCCUCGGGUUCGAGGUUUGGCUCCUGGAUGACCGACACCAUGAUCCCAAGCUCAGACAACAGGGUGUGGUCGAUGGACGGGUACCUGAAGGGCCGGCGCGUGCUGGAGUACCGCACGCUCAGCGACUUCAUGAAGGGGCAGAACUUCGUGCAGCACCUGCUGCCGCACCCCUGGGCGGGGACGGGCCACGUGGUCUACAACGGCUCGCUCUACUACAACAAGUACCAGAGCAACAUCAUCAUCAAGUACCACUUCCGCUCACGCAGCGUCCUGCUCCAGCGCAGUCUGCCCUCCGCCGGGUACAACAACACCUUCCCCUACUCCUGGGGCGGCUCGUCCGACAUCGACCUCAUGGCCGACGAGAGCGGCCUGUGGGCCGUCUACACCACCAUCCCCAACGCCGGCAACAUCGUCAUCAGCCGGCUGGAGCCGCAGAGCCUGGAGGUGCUGCAGACCUGGGACACCGGCUUCCCCAAGCGCAGCGCCGGCGAGGCCUUCAUGAUCUGCGGCACGCUCUACGUCACCAACUCCCACCUGGCCGGUGCCAAGAUCCACUUCGCCUACUACACAAACUCGUCCAGCUACGAGUACACGGACAUCCCCUUCCACAACCAGUACUCGCACAUCUCCAUGCUGGACUACAACCCCCGCGAGAGGGUCCUGUACACCUGGAACAACGGCCACCAGGUGCUCUACAACGUCACCCUGUUCCACGUCAUUAAGACUUCCGGAGAUGCCUAGAACGCUUACAGUUUAAAAUAAAAAAAACAAAUAAAAAAUAAAUACAAUAAAAUGAAAUAAAAAAGAGUAGAGGAAAGAGAAGGACACUGUGGUGAAUCUGGAGAACAGGAGGCCCUGGACUUUUUUUUUCUUUUUUUUUUUACUUUUUAAUCUUCAUAGAGAGCUAUUAUUUACAGACAAGAGAUUACGCCCAAAAUGAGGUCAGGAAAAGAUAUAAAGCUGUUAGGGAUCGAUCUUUUAGUUCUUUCUGUGGUGAGUGAGCA